CAGAGACACAGUGUCGUCCUCUUGGCUUUUAUAAAUAAAGCUGAGAAAUAUCAGAAGAAUCUGCUUGGGCCUCUGGGAUCUGAAAGACAUACAGCUCAAACCCUCAAGACCCUAAGAACUGGUUCAGGUACUACAGGGAUCCACUCAGCUAUGGAAAUAAAAGAUGGGCCUUCAGCUUCCCUCAGCCCAAGUGAUAUGAGGGAAGGAAAGCAGGAAAGUCCAGACUAUCAUCAAGAGUCACAAAGUGUGGAACAUCCUUCUCUUGGGAAAAUUCGUGACAUCCAUCAGCAGGUCUGGAUUCUUCAGAAUGGGACACUUAUAGCAACUCCCCAUGGAGAAAAUGUGAACCCAGUGACUCUGGAGGUAUUACCUUGUAGAGAUCAAUCCCUUCCUAAAGACAAGGGGGAGCCUAUAUACGUGGGCAUAAAGGCAUCAGGUUGUUGUCUGCAUUGUAAAAUGAAUGGAGAACAGCCCAACCUAAUAUUGGUGGAGAAGAGCAUAAAAGACCUGUACAAAACACCUAAAGCAGUGAAACCUUUUCUCUUUUACCGGAAUCAGACUGGUAUCACCUCUACUCUCGAGUCAGCUGCCUUCCCUGGCUGGUUCAUCUGUACAUCUUCAAACAAAAACCAACCUGUUACCCUGACCCACAACUUGGGAGGGCAGUGCAAUACUGCCUUCUACUUAAACAUAGAAACCCCUGUAUCAAAAGCCCCUAUUUCUACAUAGGGUUCUCUACUUUUCAAGACAUUUUACAAACAUAUCUCAUUUUCACAUUUUAUACCUGUGAGAUCAUCAGGAUUGGCAUUUUAAUUCCUACUUUGCAUACGAGGAAAUUCAGACCCAGAGAAGUCAUGAUAUUUUCCCAAGUUCACCUAGCUGAUGGCUGACAGGUUUCUUUAAUGGGCUGAGAAGCACUGGAACAGUCACGCUUAUGAGUCACCCCACAUUCACAGUUGCUCCUUCACAGAUAUAGCAUUUGGAGAGGUUUCUCUCUAAUCAUUCUCAGCACCUGGUAACACAUAUAUCAGUGCUAGCAAAAUCACUGGGGACCAUGAUAGGUCCUGAUUAAGUAUUCUGGCCCUUCUAUAGUUGCUUGAAAGGGCCUUCAACCAUAUUGACUCUCACUUCAUUGACCAUUGAAAAAUCUUAGCUUAGGACAUAUUAGGGAAGGAGCUCCAUCACUAACUGUAUGGUUUUUUAAUAAAUCACCUCUCUUUUGGAGACCCAGUUUCUGUA